AUGUCGCCGCCGGGUACCUCAACGUCGAGUCAGCAUUCCUCAGCCGACACCUUGCUGAAAGCUUUACUCCACGGUAACAGCGACGACGUAAGGCGCCAUCUCAAAGCGUCCGGUGGUGUGAAUGUGGAAUUAGAUGGGUGCGGCUACACCGGGACGGCUCUUCAUUACGAGGCGUCCUACGGCACAAAGGAAAUGGUCUCGGUUCUACUGGAGCACGGCGCAGAUAUCAACUUCUUGUCGAAAGAUAACAAAUCCGCCAUCGACCUGAACUGCGAGGCGGGACAAUGGGACAAUUUCGACCUUCUAUGUCGCGAGCCUGAUGCGAGGGUUCGAAGAUCCCGCGACCUGAUCCCUUAUGAAGAUGAAAAUCCUCAUCUGGUCGUUUCAGCUUCGUUGUCAAAUCAGGAGAACCGCGCAGAGAGAGUGAUCGCGUAUACUUACUCGGCAAGAGACUUCACAUACGAGAGGGACAAGAUCAUCGCAUCGGCCGGUAUUGAGGACAAGAUGGGCAAGUUGCUGAACGAUAUCUGCUUCAUGGGGAUCUGGAAGAAGGAUAUGGUCCGCUCCCUCAUCUGGCACAUCAGAAAUCCAUUGCGUAACAGGCCAGUUGGCUUUGCCGUGCCUACUUGGAGCUGGUACGCCGUCUGCAGCCCGCUCUUAUCUGGAUUUUGGGACGCUUUCAACGACAAUCCGGACCAGCUACCCGAGGCGUUGAUCAGCGAGUCCUUCGACACCGAAGCCCAAGUGCUGGAGGUCAACAUGGAGCCGGAAUCGACUCAGGGCCAUAGCCAUAUCAAAGGCGCCAUCAAAAUGAGAGGAACCAUUGUCAAGGCCUUUAUGUCGAGCGACAGAGGAUAUUCUUCCCACGGCGCAAAGGAGCAGGGGCAAAGCUAG